CUAUCACUUAUCAAUAUUUCUGUCAGAGCUCCUGUUGAACAACAAAAGUCAAUCCCAGAUCAGGCGAGUUUACAGUUCUCAACAAUGGCUCCAUGGAUACCCUACUAUCAUAGACAUGCCAUAAAUCUUAUUUUCUAUAAAUAGUCUACCUCUUCCAGAAUAAAGGUCGGUCAAACACUGGCUGCUACUACUCAAGAGGAUCGGCCCACGUGUAGCCCCACCCAGCUGCGCACACCUGAGCGCAUAGCAGCCGCACCUGUACUCCCCGCCCGGGCAUAUACCACCUGUUGUUAUCCCCUUUCGUUCAAAAACUCACAUCCCCCUGCUGUUACACUGUCAGUCAGCUGACAUGCGGAAUCUCCUGGCUUACCUGCAUGACUCGGAGCUCGUGGCCCGGUUCCAGAGACGAUGCGGACUCUUCCUCGUCGACGGCGCGCACCACGAUCGAGGGAAGACGCACGCAUCGAGUGGUACACCGUUUCACACCGACGUAUCCCACGAACACCUGAGGGUCAGAUGGGAGAAGCAGGAUAAGAAUUCAAACUUUAAACACAAGGAGAACGGAUAUGCCGACGGUGGCAGCAGCGGGCCACCUCAAUAUGAAGUGAGGAACUGGCUACUGCACUUCCUUUUUCUGAUUUCGGCCGGCCUGGGGCACGAAAUCUUCUACAUAACCUGUCUUCCCUGCAUCCAUUGGAACCUGGACCCGUUCCUGUGCCGACGCCUGGUCAACAUAUGGGUUAUGGUGAUGUACAUCGGCCAGGUGAUGAAAGACAUGCUGAAGCUGCCUCGCCCUUACUCACCCCCUGUGGUCAAGCUGGAGACCCGUGUCGAUGCCGAAUACGGGCUGCCUUCCACCCAUGCCAUGGCCGCCACCGCCAUCUCCUUCACGGUUUUACUAAGCGCUACCUCCAGGAUACAGUUCCAGUUCGAAGUGGGUCUGCUGAUCGCAGUGACGGUGUCAUCCUUGGUGUGUCUGAGCCGCCUCUACACUGGCAUGCACUCAGUUUUGGAUGUGAUCUGUGGCGUUCUAAUCUCAGCUGUCCUCCUGUUCCUCACCUACCCAUAUUGGGAAGCCUUUGACCGUUUCCAGCUCACCAGCCCCAUCGCCCCCGUCGUGGGGUUAUUACUACCCCUCUUCCUCAGCUACACAUACCCAGAGCUGGACCAUUACAGCACCACGCGGGGGGAUACGACCACCAUCCUAGGAGUAGGGGCCGGGUGCUGUGUGGGAUACUGGGUGGACGAGCAGCUGGGGCCGGCUUUUGUGCCCCGGGGGGCGUUGCCUGUACCCUUACCCACACUGACGGCAAAUGGACUGGCGUCCGGCGCUGCACGUUCUCUGCUGGGAGCUGUAGCAUUAGUGGGAACUCGGCAGGUAGUGAAAACCUUGAGCCUGCAGGUGUUGUACUCGUGGUACAGAGUGCCAAAAAACGAUGAUAGUGCCAGGAGGAGGAGGGAGAUUGAAGUGCCGUAUAAGUUUGCCACAUACACAUCUGUUGGACUUGUCAAUUCUAUAUUUGUCAACAGAGUCUUCAUUCUACUAGGGCUCCUAUGACCUCUUAAGACUGAUUUGUAAUCUUCUGAAUAGAACAAAUGUACCUCGUAUUUAUUUCAAUGUAUCAAAUAAUCUUUUUUUUACACUAACUUUCUUACACAAGGAGCUUCUGCUGGAAAUGAUUGACAAGAGUGUACUUGUAACUGAGCUAAAGGCAAAUAAAACAUUUUGCAAGUGUUUUUAUGAUGUAUGCUAUGUGUUUUUAUGAUUUAUUUUGUAUGCUGUAGCACCGUCUUAUUGCAGCGUUGUGUAUUUCAGAAGCUACACGUGCCAUAAACUUUCCGCAUGCAUGUUCCCGGUUACCCUCAUGGAAUGGGAGAACCCCACCUUGAUCCAGACAAGCUCACACCAGUCAGGAAAACCAGUUUAACUGAAACUUAAUUUCAACACCACCCGUCUUUGUCCUCUUAAGGCAGAUCAGGACAGGCUAUCUACCAUAUGUGCUUAGUUACUGGAUCUCAAGGACUGACUGAGCAGGAAUAAAAGAGUUAACCUCAGUUUGCUACAGUACAGGAAUGCCGGAGCACCUGUCAGACUGAAUUUGCAAGACGGCAUGUUUAUCUGCACGACUCGCUGUCAUAUUGGAGGCUACCGGCAGACAAGUCUGUCUGUGUACUUGUUAACAGAUUAAAAAUGUGCAGUAAAAAAAAAAA